AUGGCGGCCAACGCCAAGUUCCUGGAGCAGUUGGGGAUGUCCGCCGCCCAAUUGAACAUGACGCGUCAACUGCAGAGCAAUCAACAGCCGAGAGAAGCCCCAGUGAAGAGACCGAAGAGGCAGCUGCAGGAGGUGCAACCUGUGCGGAGGUCCAGGCGGCUACGUGGAGAGACUGCGCCAGGGUCAGCGCCGCCACCGAGGGCGAUCGAAGAGGACGACGGUGACGAGUCUGCUGGACCUGAUCCGUUCGAGGUGGAGGCUUCAUUCGCCGAGUCCAAUGUCCUUCGCUACUCUGUCAAUGGGAACACAGACGCCAGGAAGGCGCCCCCUUUAUCGACGAUGAACAGUCCGGGCCAGGAACUCGUGGGCUUCCAAGUGGACCCAAGGUCCUAUUUGCUCGAUGACAGCCUCAAGAAGGCGUACGCUAUCUCCUUUACUCCGUUCAAGGAGCACGGACUUGUCGCAGCCGGUGGCCAUGGCGGUCAUGUGUCCAUCUUCCCGUUCUCCAACUCGUACCAUCAACCGGAGAUCGUCGACGGGUUUGUCGAUGACCCUGGUGCGCACAUUCCGCUCAUGUCCUUUAAAGCCCAUAGUGGGUGGCUAUGGGACUUGAACAAGAGCUCGGAUAUGCUGCGUACCCCGAAGGAAGUAUUCGCCUGCACGAACCUGCACCAGAAGGGAAUCUUUGGUAUGGACGUCAGUGGCGACUCGGUCUUGACGUGCUCGAAAGACGCCACCGUCGCUCUGUCGAAGUUUCGCGGCGACAGUAGCCCGCUGGAGGUGGUGCGGCGCUUUGAGGGUCACGAGGGCGUCGUGAAAUGUGCGAGGUUUGCUAACGUGAACCCUUAUGUGUUUGCGUCGGGUGGAAACGAUAGGUCGGUGCGCGUGUUCGAUGUGCGCGUCUCCACGGAUCCCAAUGUCAUCCGGAUUGACGGCGCUCAGUCUCGCGCGAUCAACAGCGUCCAAUUCCACCCGACGGAUGACAACUUGCUGUUGUCAGCAGGCUUCGACCCAGACUUCUUCAUGUUCGACUUGCGCAAGGCGUCCGCUCCUGUCUGCACCUUUCGCAAAUCGCCUCAAUCCAGGGACAGCAAAGCGAUUUUCCACCCCGUUUUCGUGUGUGGCGGGCACGGCGUCGUCGCAGCUCGCGGGCAGGAUCUCUCGCUGUACAGAACAAGUGACGGCGCCGCAAUCAGCCGAGGUUACAUCAGUGAUGCUGCCACGUGCAUCGCUGCCGACCCGUUCCACGACCGCAUCGCUAUUGCUCAAGGAGGCUACGUGCGAUUCGCAGACGCGCAGUGGAAGCACAAGGCGAUAUAG